GGCUACGUUGGCAACCUGACAGACGAGCAAGACAAGAAGCUCAGAGAAGCAUGGAAGCAGUAUUUUAGCAUCCUCGACAAGGCCAAAGGUGGAGGCAAGAGCGGCGGAGGUGGCGGUGGCGGCGGCGACGGAGAAGGCUACUCGGACGACCCCAAGAAGUCUGGUAUCGCCAACGAUGACAAGGCCAAGGAUGAGGCAAAGGCAAAGGAAGAGCAAAAGGCCUUGAAUGAGCUGACGGAGCAGUACGGCCAGGAGGCUCUCAAGGAAGCCUUCUGGAAAUUCAUCAAGCUCGACGACCCUGACACCUGUAUCCUGCGCUUCCUCCGCGCCCGCAAGUGGGACGUUGACCGAGGCAUGGCAAUGCUUGCCGGCUGUAUGAAGUGGCGUCUCGACAACGGUAUCGAAGACCUCGCUCUCCAAGGUGACGAGGGCAAUGCCAAGAUUGAGAAGUUCCUCGAGCAACAGCGCUCCGGUAAGACGUACGCUUUCGGUGCUGCGAAGAAUGAGUGCCCUUGCUGCUACAUUCAUGUGAGGAAGCAUUUCACCAAGGGCCAGCCGGCGGAGUCGAUGCAGAAGUACGUGGCCUACGCCAUGGAGAGCUUCCGUCUCCUCCUUGUCCCUCCCAACGACAAAGUGGUCCUCUUCUUCGACCUCAACAAGUUCGGUCUGGCCAAUAUGGACUGGGGCUGUAUCCUGUACAUCGUCAAGUGUCUCGAAGCCUACUUCCCCGAGUCCCUCCACACCCUCGUGGUCUACAAGGCUCCCUGGAUCUUCUCUGGUAUCUGGAAGAUCCUUGGCCCCCUCCUGGACCCCACCGUCCGCUCGAAGGUAGUCUUCAUGUCCAAGCCUGAGGAAUGCGCACACUUGCUACCCGCCGACCGCCUCAUCGCCGAGCUGGGCGGCGAUGUCGACUUCGACUUUACAAAGGCGUGGCAGGAGCCGCGCGAUGGAGAGAACAAGGUUGACGAGGAAGAGAAGAAGAAGCGCCAGGACGCAUUCCAGAAGGUGGCAGAUGAGUACGAGGAGGUAACCAAGAAAUGGGCCGAGGGAGACAGCAGCAAGGAGCUCCUCGACAAGCGCCUCAUCCUCGUCAAGAAGCUGCGCGUUGCUCAAUUCGAGAAGGAGCCUUUCACCCGAGGUCGCACCCAAUUGCACCGUGAUGCCACGAUCGACGGGCAGGGCAUUGUCACCUGGAUGUACAAGCAGAAGAACGGUGAAGCCAUCCGCCACAUCGUCGGUCGCAAGUUCUGCGCCGCUGUGAUCAAGCGCGAGCUCAAGGAGAUCGAAGAGGAAGGCAUGUCAAUCAAGGACGCCGAGAAGAAGACGGACGACGCGCUUGAGAAGCAGGACUGGGAAAAGAAGGAUGACAAGAAGGGCGAAGAAGCAGCCGCGGGUGCAGGCGCUGGCGCUGCUGCGGGUGCAGGUGGCGCAGCGGCGGCUGCCGGGUCUGGUGAAGCGUCGAAGGACGAAUUCCACGAUGCGCCCGUCGCAGACAAGAAGACGGUAGCCAAGGCCGAGUCCAAGGACCACAUCGCUGUGCCUCACGAUGAGAAGGCGGACAAGGCUGCGAACGGCCAUCCGCAGAACGGUGACGCUGCCCCUGAAGCCAACGGCAACGGCGAUGCCGUAUCCAAGCAGAAGAGCAACGGCGGUGCCUCGGACUACGGCAAGAGUGGCGACGGUGCUGUCUCUGAAAAGCAAUGCGAGUAUGAUCAAGGCUCUUCGGCGGCUACUGACAGGCACUCUACGCGCUUGUCACACAGCUACUCGACCGUGGAUACGGCAAAGAACCUCGUCCGUAUCGCCUUUCCCUCGGAGACUUCACAGUCAUGGGGGAUGCAGCGAAGACCGUACAGGCUGUCGCUAACUUCCUCCCCACUCCAUCGUCUCCCAUCAUCCUCUGCAGGCGCUUCGAGGCUGGGUCCGUAA